UGUGUUUAUAAGUGCAGAUUCGGUUGUGCAAAACGAGGGUUUUAAACACAUGCUGAACGUGCUUGAACCACGUUACGACAUCCCGUCGCGCACCCACUUAAGCAAUACGAUUGUGCCAGAUCUUUAUGAGCAGGAGAAGAAAAAAGUUGUGGAUGAACUAUCCCGAGCAUCAUCUGUUGCGCUCAUGACAGACGGGUGGACGUCCAGCGGAACUAUAAGCGCUCACUUCAUCACAGCAGACUGGGAGAUGAGAAGACACGCCCCCUCUACGAGAGUCACCUUGCGCAGGGGCUGCUAGAACCUCGGGAAACCUUCGACAACUGCCAGUCAAGGAAGAAUCCUCUGGUCCAAUGGGAAUGCAGGGUAUUCUCGUCCUGACCAAUCACGAGGCUACUGCGGAUGGCUGUUAAUGAAGAUGCGUUGGGCGAGAUGAGGGGGCGGGGCCAAGAGGAGUCAGUGUUGUGGAUUAAUGAAGCACCGUGAGCGUGGAGCCGACUGUUAAGGUCAGAUGGUAUUACAUGUAUGACCGCUAGGGAGCAGUACUGGUUAGUAUUCAAUUUACUGUGCGAUAUAAUGUUGUAGAGCAAGACUGCAUGGAGAAACAUGUAUGUUGUUGAGAACGUCAGUCAUUAAACUAAGUUACUUGCUAUCAACACGGCCUCAUUCUUUAAAAGACCAGCCGUCCUUUAAAUAUGCUUUCCGCGGCUUCCAUUUUCUCCUGUGCUUUCCUCACAUGCGCGCUGGCGAGACAUUUCGACGCGGGGGAAAAGUCGUUCGCCGGGAGGCUGCCGAGGGAUUUGAGCGGUGAUGAGGAGCGACGCAGUUGGCAAAAGUCGGCUUUGAAUGGACACUCAUGCCCAACUUUUCCUGGAGUCCAGUCAGCGCUGCUCAACAACACCCACACUUUCAACUUUAAAGUAAGGACCAUGGGCUCCCUGUCACUUGCCUGGGUGGGAGAUGAAUCCGGGGUGCUGCUGGUCUUGACCACGUUCCAAGUGCCUUUGUUCAUGAUGCGCUUCGGACAGUCAAACCUCUACAGGAGUGAAGACUUUGGGAAGACAUUCACUGAUGUGACCUACCUGAUCAACCACACCUUCAUCCAGACCGAGUUUGGCAUCGCCGUCAGCCCGGACCACUCUGGCAAGGUGAUCCUGACGGGCGAUGUGUCGGACAUUGGGGGAUUCCGACUGUUUCGCUCGCAGGACUUUGGUCGGACGUUCACAUCGUACGAACUGCCCUUUGAGCCCUUAAUUCAGAUGCUGUACAACCCAGGAGACUCCAACAUACUUCUGACGCUCAGCAUCAAGUUGGACUUGUGGCUGUCUGAGGAUAUUGGCGCCACCUGGCGGAAGAUCCAUGACAGCGUUUGCCUCGUCAGAUGGGGCGCCAAGAACAGCAUCUAUUUCACAACAAACUACAACGGAUCAUGCAAUCACAAAGGAAUGUUGGAGUUGAGGAAAACAACGGACUACGGUCGAAGCUUCCAGACAAUCGCAACGACAGUUUACUCUUUCGUACUUGGAGGGAAAUUCGUUUUCGCUUCCAUCAUGACCGGAAAGGGCACAGAGCGCAUGAUCCAUGUGUCAGCGGACGGAGGAACGAUAUGGAACAUUGCUCAGCUUCCUGCCGUCAACCACGAUCAGUUCUAUUCUAUCCUGGCGUUCAAUGAAGACAUGGUAUUCAUGCAUGUGGACGACCCUGAAGACUCUGGGAUUGGAACAAUAUAUGUGUCUGAUGACAGAGGAGCCGUGUUCUCCAAGUCUCUGGAGCGCCACCUCUUCACCACCACAGGAAGCGACACUGACUUCACCGCCAUUACUUCACUCAGGGGCGUUUACAUGACCAGUGUACUCACAGAGGACGGAGCUGUGGAGACGGUGAUCACGUUCGACCAAGGAGCGCGAUGGCAAAGACUGCGUCGACCCCAAAACAGCCAGUGUGACACGGAGACCUCCACUAACAGGCCGAACAAAUGCAGACUUCACAUCCACGCCACAUACAGCACAGCCAUGAAGAUGAACGUCCCCAUGCUGCCUCUCUCACAGACCAAUGCUGUGGGCCUCAUUCUUGCUCAUGGCAGCGUCGGGGACGCUGAGUCGACUGUCAUGCCUGACGUGUACGUGUCUGACGAUGGCGGCUACUCGUGGUGGCUGUCUCUCCGGGGCCCUCACCACUAUGCUGUGCUGGACUCUGGGGCCCUGCUCGUGGGUGUGGAACACACCAACCUGGCUGUCAAUCAAAUCAAGUUUUCAACGGAUGAAGGCCGGUGCUGGCACACUUACAACUUCACCAACGACCGCUUCCACUUCAGCGGCAUGGACAGCGAGCCGGGCUCCCGCUCCAUGAACGUCAGCCUGUGGGGCUACAGGAACGACUUCACCAAAUGGGUGGUAAUAACCAUCGACUUCAGGAAGCUCCUCGCCCGAGAUUGCGACGACGAGGACUACAUGCCCUGGUUGGCUCACUCUGCCGACCCCGGCAGACCGGACGACGGCUGUGUGUUGGGCUUCAAGGAGACCCUCUUACGCUUGAGAAAAGACUCUGCUUGCUGGAAUGGGAGGGACUUUGCUGUCAGCAAGCAGCUGUCACCUUGUCCUUGCACACUGGAUGACUAUCACUGUGACUUUGGAUACUACCGACCUCACAACAGCUCAGAGUGCGUGGAGCAGGAGGAGAUGAAGGGCCUUCCUCUGGAGUUCUGUCUCAAUGGCACUACCGAAGAGCUGCAGACCAGCGGUUACCGGAAGAUUCCAGGAGACAAAUGCGAAUUUGGCUUCCAGCCCGUCAGAAAGGAGACAGAUCUGAGAAGAAGGUGCACCAGCAAUGCCAUGUAUCCAAUUUCUCUGACUGAAAGCUCCUCGCCAAGCGCUGCAAUUAUAUCUGUGGUUGUCCUCGCCAUGCUGCUGGCCAGUGCCAUGGUGGGAGUUUGGCUGGUCAAGAAAUAUAUCUGCGGAGGACGGUUCCUUGUGCACCGCUACUCUGUCAUGAGGGAACACGUUGAAGCCAACAAGAUAGAAGGAGUCGACGACGUGGAUGCCCAGUACAUGGAAACGGGAGCAGCGCAGUACACUGAGGAUUCAGAUCAGGACCUCUUGGAAUAGCUCGGUCAUGUCGACUUCUCUCCAGUCCUUUCUACUCUUGCUUGUCCCACAUGCUGAUUAACUUCUGCCUUUCAAGUCUCGCUGUCCCCCUGGUGGCUGGAGGACGCAACAACAGCAGCAGCAGCAGUCGGCUGAGUUCCUGCUGUUGGAGGUUCUCACCAAGAGACCGAUUGAUGGAACGGGGAGGGGCAGUGCAGAACACAAGAAAGGGCUCUGAGGUUCCUGCAGAGCUUUUAUUGUUUCCGUCUAAAAGAUCUCUGUCAGGAUAUCAAAUUGUGCUUCCUCGCAGAGACGUUUGGUAACGCACAUUUGUUUUAGCUUCCAAUGUCCGGGAAUAAAAAGUAGUAAAAUACUAGAAUUUCAGUCAAAGUUCGAAAUCUAUAUUAUUUUACUCUCUAAAUUUAAAAUGUGCAAAGGCCUUUUAAACAUACAUUUUAUAGUUUAAUCUGUCACCUCAACUGUUUUUUGUUUUUUAUAUAUAGAAACAAGCACUUUCUUUUUGUACUAACUUCUGUAAGCAGUAGCGGCUCCUUCCAAUGUCCUUGCCAAGCCCACAAAAUAAUUUUUAAUUUCUGACUGUAGUUUAUUAUACAUUUAUUGGUACUCACACCCGUACACAGCGUACUUUCUUACAAUAAAAUCAGAAAACGUAAAGCGAUAGAACAACAUUAGUCCAGUUUUGUUCUUGACUCAAACAUGUAGUCUGGAAUAAAACGGAAAAAGGCCAAAAAGCAGCACAUUACAUUCAUACACGCAGUCUUGUAAGUGACUGCUGUUUUAAAAGGAACCAGGGCUGUGUUGAGGUCAUUUUAAGGCACCACAAAUAAAACAAUAAACCAGUGAAUGCAAAUAAGUGAAUCAAAUCCACAAUCCUUCCUUGAUGUUACAGAUAUUUUUCACUACCCACUUUGUGAGGUGAAACCAAAAGACUUGAACUGCCAAAGCACUUUUUUUGUUGAGUUUUCUAAUCUUCGGCAUGAAUCCACCAUAGCUCAGCGAUGAACAAAUAUAAAGGUAAUGGUAACUCAAAAAACUUUACUUGAACUUUAUCAUCUAUCUGCUCGGUAGAAAUCACCAGUUUAUUGUUCCGUGUUUUGUUUGGAAUAUUUCCCCACUCCAGGCGACUAAUACGUUAGCAUCGGGAUAUGAGGUUGCAGGUACAACAGCUGUUGUAACUGUUUGGUUACUACGGUAUACACGCAGCUGAUAGAUACCAUUACGACCCAGCAAAUAAGCUAUGUACUGUAGAGCUGGCCUACUAUAGAGUGGUAUUCUCAAGGACGUCUCUUUAUAUACACGACUGGCAAUACUCAACUAUUUACUGGCGUUUAUGAUCUGUUUUUGCACUAUGUCUACACAUCUGUGAAAAAGAAAACAAUCUGCAUUCUUGCCACAAACAUGUAUUGUGCUGACUGACGCCUUCGUGUUGACUUUGCUGUAUUAAACCCACACAGGAAGAGCAUUGGAUUGGAAAUAUCUUCUAGCAGUUUGCUCUGUAUUUUGUAAUAUUAUAAAUGUAGUGAUGUUUUUAUUCCAAAUAGUGAAUAUUCCAUUAUUCCAAUGGUCAUAUUCAUGCUCUGCAAUAAUAAAAAAAUUUUAAAGACAA